UCUUUCACAUUUUGUUUCAGCAAACAGAUAAUGUCGUUCACAAACCACACGGGUCUUCUGGUUGCCAGUGGACACAGAGUUGUUGUUGGGUUGGAUUUCGGGGUUACCCAUAGCGGAUUCGCAUAUGCGCAUGUGGCGGAUGCUAGCAAAAUUGAAGGGUGACUUUCUGGAAAUGAGGACAAGUCGCGAAGUUUGGGUAAAAUCCAUUGACACUUUUUGAUGGUGUUGCAGGUAUUAUGAGUGGGAUGACCAGAUCAUGCCAUACUGCAAAACCCUUACCGCGCUCCUCUAUGACAAAACGGCCAAGAAGACAAUUAACUGGGGAUAUACUGCCCUGAAGGAGGCUACCACAGGCGAUCAUCCUAACCAGAAAGUCUUAUUGACAAAAUUCAAGUUUCUUCUGGAACCAACGGCCGCCGAAUACAUGGAGGAUCCCAUUCCAGAUGAUGUGGAACCUUUGGAUAUCAUCGCAGAAUAUUUGAAAGAGAUGCACACGCUGAUCAUGACCAAGCUGCAAGAAAAGUUUGGUUCCACGUUGCAGAAUGAAGAUGUGCAUUAUGCGGUCACUGUACCCGCUAUAUGGAGCGAGCAAGCAAAAACGAAUCUACGCAAAGCUGCUGCUAUGGCUGGCCUCAUUUCUCCUGCUGAAGUGGUGUCCCCUCGUUUGGUCCUUGUACUUGAGCCGGAAGCUGCUGCAAUGUAUUGCUGCAAAAAGGUUCCCGAAGCGCAACUACGUAGCAAUGAAAACAUUAUGAUUGUAGACGCAGGGGGCGGAACUGUCGAUAUUGCGGUCGAAAAACUCAUUAUUGGCGCUGAGCGAACAAGGUUGAGUGAAGUAACCAGAGGCACAGGUGAUCUGUGUGGAUCCACCUUUGUCGAUCGACGAUUCCUUGAUUGGCUCAGUAGCAAAGUCGGCGCUGAUGCAUUGACAGAAAUAAAAAUUGAUAAUCCAACCGCAUACCAACAAGUCCUACGCGGCUGGGAAACAUUGAAGCGCCAAUUCAAAGGAGCUGAAUCUUUCAAUUCCAGGGACCAUAUGACGUUUUCAAUCCCAGGAGCGUUGUAUAACCUAAUGGCUGAUGAGGAAAUGGAAAAGUUAGAAGAAGAGCAAGACGGAACCGCCGACGAUCUGUUUAUUACACUCAAGGAUAUGCAAUCAUUUUUUGACCCAGUUGUCGAGCAAGUUCUGCGCUUGAUUGAGGAACAGCUUGAUCAUUGUCCUGGAAAAAGAUGCAACAAACUGUUUCUUGUUGGAGGAUUUUCGGCGUCCCCAUAUCUGAGGAAAGCUAUGUCCGAUAAGUUUUCUGAGAGUUUUGACAAUGUAGUCUUUCCUACGGACCCGGGAGCUGCAAUUGUCCAAGGUGCCGUUCUGUAUGGCCUCAACCCUGACAGCAUCCAAGCACGUCGCUCCCGGUACUCGUACGGCAUGAAACUUUGCGCAUCCGAAGCGGAGUACAGCAGGAAAUCUCGAAAGACCUCGAACCGCAGCGACAUAUUCAUUAACCAGGAAACGAAUGAGUCGAUGGUGACUAUGUUUUCUCCUGUGAUGGUCGCCAAUCAGCUCGUCGAGAUUGACGAUUUUUAUUCCACGAAAUGUUUUCCGCUGUAUUCUUAUCAAUUGGGAGUGAACAUCGAAAUCUCUGCAACUGCUGCUACUGUUGACCGCGAAACCUCGUAUUCGGAUGUGAGGGGUAACUUCGUUCUCGGCACUCAAAUGAUCGAAGGCAUACCGCGCAAUGGCGACAGAAGCGUUACCGUGUACUUUUACUUUGGGCUUACCGAGCUGACCGUAAUUGCAAAAGUCAAUGCAACCGGAGCCGAAAAGCGACAGAUUGUGAAUUUCACAGCACGUUAACCGGUCAAGCAGUGUCUGGCAUAUCAACAUAGUCCUGCAGGAUAGGAAAUUAUGUAUGUAGUAUCUCAUGGCAUUCCUUUGUUCUUGCUACAAGUUCUGUAUCGUACAUCCUCAACAAAUAGCAAACUUUAUGUCAUCAGUG